UUUCAUACAAGAAUAAUUAUCACAUCGCAGAAAAAGAAGCAACAUAUUUUACAAUGUUUGCUGUACAAUACGUCGUUUUUAUAUUAGUCUUGAUCUCAUGCUCUGUCGACAGUCAAACUGAAGACUGCACCGUGGAUGUAUGUAAUGAGAUAUGCAUAACGUGGCAAGGGAGACCCUUUUUCCGAAACGGUAGUAACUGUCGCAUUACAUGCUAUAGAACGUGUUCAGGAGUUAAUAGUAGAGAUUGUGACAGUGACAUUAACAUUAUGUGCAGAAUGAUAUAUGUUUAUUGCCAACAGUGUACAACUAAACAAGAUACAACGUAUCCAGAAUUGUCGACAAUUACAGCAACUACUGUUGUCCAGAGACAAGAGAACAGUAAAGAAGAUAUUUGCAACAGUAGUACGGCUACCAAUGCUGUGAUAGGAUUAAUUGUGUCUGCUGUAUUAUUGAUUGGAAUUUUCCUAGUGAUUAGGCAUUUCAUUAAAAUGAAAUCUAGAAAAGGGUCAAAAUCUCAACCAGUGUCCUAUGUAGACGACGGAGUCAAUAGAACCACAGAUAAAAUCCACAAUAUGGCAAUAUCUGAGAACAGUCACGUGCACAAAGAGAUUGAUAGUGACUCAGACUCAGACUAUACCAUAUUAAACAACACAACGACAGAAACGAAUAGGUAUGAACAUACUAGUUACCCGUGUGGCAGUAAAGAACAAAGCACACCAACUGUUAGCGCAGUGGAAUCAAAAGAUUCUUCUGAGUACUACACAUUGCCAAAAGAACCGGUGAAGAGUGACUUCAUACUAAAGCAGAAUGAUUCACAAUCUAAUUAUAUGUUCCUCGUACAUAAUACCAGUACCGCAACGAAUACAGAUCCACCUGCACCUCAGAGUAAGGCGGCUGAGUCUGAGUAUUCAAACGCUACCCACCCUGGGGAAAGCGAGACGAGCAACACAGAAGUAUCAAAGGAGGACGGCACACCGAAGGGAGACCAAGACGGGGGCGUCAACAAACAAAACAUUCUUUCACUUCAAAAUGGUGGUUCCUAUGGUAAUUUCAGGCUUGUUGGGAAUGAUUCCACAGAAGAUUCACACGAUACGUUAAAUCGAAAAGCCUGUAUUACCGGUAGCGUUCAGGAUGACGUAACUGCAGACGACAACAAUAAGCUGAUCCCCACGCGUGCGAUCCCCACACCUGCGUUUGAUGACGAAAACUAUUCUCAUCUUAACUUGACUUUUCUAAAUUUGGAUGAAAGCGUCACUGAUCCCAGCCAUGGGUAUUUGGAUCUGUCUUUAUAACAGGCUUCUGCUUUAUUUUCAAUCAGCAACAGAGCGGUAGAUACUGUAUGAAUAAAGUUGGUUAAAACCAACAUGUUUUGCAUGCUAACAUGUAAGACAUAGAAGUUUAAAUAAAGCAUACAGGAAAGUAUGGUGUAAUAAUAAGGGAGGGCGCUAUUUAGUUGCCACCUUGGUAAACAUUAGAUAACGUCCCCUGUUAAACAAGUACUAAAGUGUACAUUAAGCCAGUUAUCUUCAGACACUAACUGCAUUUGCACCUCACUAGAAACCAUUGGCAGCUUCCAGUAAUAAUUCUUACCUGGAAAGGGCCGAGUUGUUAGCCUGCUUUCGGCAUCGUGAAUUUAUUAGUCCGCUUUCCAUUCUACCAAAGUUUAAUGUACCUAUAGAAAAUGCUUCGAUAUAUAGCAGUUAUCAUUGGUAUUGCACACUCAGGUGAGCUUACUUAUGCAGGUUUUUGUUUAUUUAAAAAAUAAAUAAAACAAUAUUAAUUUUGAAUUAACUUAGAACAUUUAUAUUCUAAUCGUUUUGGAUACUGUUUUAUCUACCACUCCUCCCCAUUAUUUUAACUAUAUUUCUAAACGUUAAACUGUUUAGUCACAUCCUUUAAUUUGUUAAUUAAGGUAAUAUAGGCCUAAUACUUUUUAGAUAUUUUAAGUAUGUUUAGCUUCAUUGUAUUAUGAAGACCUUACAAAGAAUUAGAAUACAAACUUUGGUCACCUAUAUCACCCUGAAGACAUAUAAUGCAAUGCUUGUUUUAGUACAUAAUUAUAUUCAAUUCAAUUCAUUUCAAUUCACUUGUAUCAAAUUGCAAAAGACAUUAAAAAGUUAAUAAGCUUAUAUUUAUUUUAAUUAAAUACCGGUAUUCAACAUUUUCUCCUUCUCUUUUUGUGUAAUAUAGCCAGCAAUUUUGUGAAACAUUAAAAAGUAAUAAAUCUUGACGUCAGUAGUUAUGUUGUAAUAUAAGUUGUAAUUUUAAUAUAUUAGGCCAAUUUUCUCUUCCACUAAGAUAAUUUGUUCAUUGGAUUAGGUUUGAAAAUCCACAGACUAAGUACAAUAUUGUAGUACUAGUAGUAUAGGCCAUUUAAUUGUUUUCAUUUCUUUCUGUGAUUACGGACAGCCUAAUCACUACCGCUAAAAUAUGACUAACUAGGCCUAUGUAUUAUUUCACUCUAUGUAAACCUCAUAAAUUGAUAAUGUUCCAGGGAUUCUAAUUUUGGAAUGAAAAUUACACAGGGACAACUUAUUUUUCCUUAAACAUUGGUUGUAAAAUGGAGUUGCUGUGUUUUGCUAUGCUCUGUGAUAACAGACAACUGGGCCUACCUUAUUAAUUAUGCAUUACGUAAACAUACGAAGCCACGCCCCUCGGCUGAACCCGUUGUAUUUAGCAACUACCGUACUCUGCGAAUAAGCGCCCCGUUUGAAUAAGCGCCCCAUUCUAAACUGAAUAAGCGCCCCGGUCAAUAAUAUCAUAAGAUUUUCUUUUUAGCAAGUCAAUAAUCCAAUCAAUACUGGACUGUGCUGCAGAGUGCGAAACACAUUCUUUUUUUAGGUCAAUACCAAAAUGAGGAUAUUUCUCUUGGACAUGAGAGCUCCGAUCCCUGGACAGACAGUAUAUCCAACUUUACACUUUUUACAUAUUUGUCUAUGCGU